CGGUGUUAUGGCGGCGUAUCCGGGGCAGGGUUUCCCCGGCGCAGGACAGGCCCCCGGCGCGCCCCCGGCCGGUCCCUACCCCGGGGUUUCUCCCUACGGUGGGGGGCCUUACGGUCAGGCCCCCCCCGGGGGACCCUACGGACAACCUGGAGGCGGCCCCCAGCCCGGGCCCUACGGAGGGGCGGCCCCCGGAGGUAAUGCCCCCCCCGGUGUGGACCCGGAGGCUUUCUCCUGGUUCCAGGCAGUCGAUGCCGAUCGCAGCGGGUACAUCUCCGUGAAGGAGCUGAAGCAGGCGCUGGUCAACUCCAACUGGUCGACGUUCAAUGAUGAGACAUGCCUGCUGAUGAUAAACAUGUUCGAUAAGACCAGGUCAGGACGCAUAGACGUGUACGGUUUCUCAGCCUUGCUGCGCUUCAUCCAACAGUGGAAGAACCUCUUCCAGCAGUACGACAGGGACCAGUCGGGUUCCAUCAGCUUCAGCGAGCUCCAGCAAGCUUUCUCCCAGAUGGGCUAUAACCUGAGCCCGCAGUUUAGCCAGCUGCUGCUGGCCCGCUACGCCCAGAGAUCCUCCAACCCCAGCAUCCAGCUUGACCGCUUCAUUCAGAUCUGCAUGCAGCUCCAGAGCACAACCGAUGCCUUCCGUGAGAAGGACACGGGGCUGGUGGGCAACGUGCGGUUGAGCUACGAGGACUUCCUCACGAUGGUCGUGACUCGCAUGAUGUGACACCCUCGGUCGAGGGCUGUGAGCCGGCCAGGAGCUCUGCGGGGCUCUCCAGGAGCAGCAGCCCUCCUCAGCCUCGUGCUUGGUUGUGGCUGAGCCUCCUGAAGAGCAAGCUGUUUCCCUGGGCCGGCUUUCCAGCCUGCUCUGUCCGAGGAGCCCUGAGCCCUGCUGGGGCCCUCCUGGCUUCGAUUCCUUGUCCCCACUCGAUGGCAGCGGGUGCCUCCAUGCCAAACUGGAGCCCGGUUCUGGGGCCGUGCUGUGGGGUAGGACAGCCAAACCAGUAGCCUGUGCCAUGCCUCCCAGGGAGUGCUUAGAUCUUCCCUCGCCAGACACAAAAUCAUACUUACACCCUACUUGCGCUGUCCCUCUGCUUGGCUGGAUGUCUGCAGUGGAAUAUCUCUGUCUCAGUGUGCUUUUGGGGACUUUCCAGUGACCAAGAGCUGAGCCUUCAUUUGAAAAGCAGCAGGAAGGACACAAGCGAUGGCAGAGUUUGUCCUUCCUUGCCUCGCAGACUGCACUUCCUUGCCAGGAGCACAUCCAACCCCUCGGCUGUGCUGGAAACACUCUGGCUUUCCUGCGGGUCUGAGCCCCGUUUCUCUCCGGGCUGCUGGAACGGGCCACGUUGCUGCAGUCACACGCAGGAUCAUCGACUCCCCCCGCCUCGUUGCCAAUGUCUGUUUUGAUUCGUCUCUGUCUGCCGAAGCCAAACUCGGAAACGGUUUAGAGCUUAUUUUUACAGCUUUUGAAUAAA